AUCUAUUUACAUAAACUAAAAAAUAUUACCAACAGUUUGUUAAAAAUAAGAAAUCUCCACGAGUUAUCUAUGGGAUUAGGGGCGAAUAUCCCUGAGAUAUAGUAAAAAAGAAAAACUGAAAUGAAAAAUUAAGAAGAAAAUUACUUAAAUAUUAUGAUAAUAAAAUUAUACAAAAUUGAGCCUACAAGCACACUCACUAGAAACGGAACGAGUCAAGCGAAGCCCAAAAAUUUGAUCUCUGGAAAACGUAAUUGUGGUAAAGGUCGUAAUGCCAACGGAAUUAUCACUAUAAGACAUCGAGGAGGAGGUCAUAAACGCUUAUGUCGUAAAAUCAACUUUAAAAGGAAUGAAAAAGAUAUAUCUGGUAAAAUAAAAACGAUAGAAUAUGACCCUAAUAGAAACGCAUACAUCUGUCUCAUACAUUAUGUAAAUGGUGAAAAGUGGUAUAUUUUACAUCCUCGCGGGGCUCUAAUUGGAGAUACAAUAAUUUCUGGUCCAGAAGUUUCCAUCAAAAUAGGCAAUUCAUUACCUUUAAACGAAAUACCUUUGGGUACAUCUCUGCAUAACCUAGAAAUCACACGCGGAAAAGGUGGACAAUUAGCUCGCGCAGCAGGUGCUGCGGCUAAACUGAUUGCAAAAGAGGGUCAAUCUGCCACCCUAAAAUUACCGUCUGGAGAACUACGUUUUAUAUCCAAACAAUGUUCAGCAACAGUCGGACAAGUAGGUAAUAUUGGGGUGAAUCAAAAAAGCUUAGGCAAAGCGGGAGUUAAACGGUGGCUAGGUAAACGUCCUAUCGUAAGAGGGCUAGUUAUGAACCCAAUAGACCACCCUCACGGAGGCGGUGAAGGUCGAGCACCUAUUGGUAGAAACCAACCUAAAACCCCCUGGGGAUAUCCUGCACUUGGAAAAAAAACUAGACGCAAAAAUAAAUACAGCAAUAAGUUUAUUCUUCGUCAUCGUAUGUAACUCUGGGGGAGGAACUAAACAACUAGGUAAACUAAAACUAGCAGGGAAAAUUAUAUGAUAAAUAAAGAAAUGAGGAAAAAAGCAUGACAUAUUUACUAAAAAAAAAUCCAUUCGUCGCCAAUAAUUUAUUAAAAAAAAUAAAUAAACUGAACAGAAAGGCUCAAAAAGAAAUAAUAAUAACUUGGUCCCGGGGAUCUACAAUUAUCCCAAUAAUGAUUGGACAUACUAUUGCUAUCCAUAAUGGAAAAGAGCAUUUACCUAUUUAUAUAAUGGAUGAUAUGGUAGGCCAUAAAUUGGGAGAAUUCGCAGCCACAUUAAAUUUCCGAGGGCAUGAAAAAGGUGAUAAUAAAUCUCGUCGAUGAAUUUUAUUUUAAUAAUAAUUAAAAAAUCAUUCUACAAAUUGAUUUCAAUUUAGUAAGAGGCAACCAGAUGACAAAGAAAACAAAACCAGAAACCUAUGUGUUCAGCCAAAAUUUCCCUAUAUCGGCUGAUAAAGCCCGCAGGGUAAUUGACCGAAUUAGGGGUCGUUCCUAUGAAGAAACCCUUGUUAUAUUAGAACUUUUGCCCUAUCGGGCCGCGUAUCCGAUUUUUAAAUUUGUAUGUUUCGCAGCAUCAAAUGCCAGUUCCACUUCCACUUCAAAGAAAGAAAAUUUAUUUAUUAGUAAAGCCGAAGUAAAUGAGAGACCCGCUAUAAAAAAAUUAAAACCGCGAGCUCGCGGCCGGAGUUAUCCAAUAAAAAAGGCAACCUGCCACAUCACUAUUGUACUAACAGACCUCUCGUUCUACUUUAAUGAAUUGGUAGAGCCACAACAAGAAAAAAAUCUUCUAACUAAAUUAUAUUUGAAUCUGAGGGGUUUAUGGGACAAAAAAUAAAUCCGCUUGGUUUGAGACUUGGUACAAACCAAGAUCAUUAUUCAAUUUGGUUUUCACAACCAAAAGCGUAUUCAAAAAGUUUACAAGAAGAUCAAAAAAUACGAAGUUUUAUAAGAAACUACAUAAAAAAUAUGAAGAUAUCACCCUCUGGUGUCGAGGGACUUGCACGUAUCUCUAUUUACAAACGAAUUGAGCUAAUUGAAGUUAGAAUCUUUCUGGGAUUUCCAAAAUUGUUACUCGAAAAUAGACCAGAAGGACUGGAAGAAUUACAAAUAACUUUACAAAAAGAAUUGAAUUGUGGAAACCGAAGAUUGAACAUACUUAUCACGAAAGUUGAAAAACCUUAUAGCAAUCCUAAUAUUCUUGCCGAAUUUAUUGCCGGACAAUUGAAAAAUAGAGUGUCCGUUCGACAAGCAAUGAAAAAAGCUAUUGAAUUGGCGGAAGAAGCAGAUACAAAAGGAAUUCAAGUACAGGUUGCUGGGCGCCUUAAUGGACAAGACAUUGCACGUGUACAGU